ACAACUCCAAUUAAUGGCGGAUGGGGUAAUGGGUCACGGUUGUUUUGCUUUUCAAGGUCAGGCAAAUUGCAAUUCCAUCCUCACAAUAUUUGAUCCUUUUUCCUCAAAUUUUUUUUAAAGAAAAUUGCAGUUUCUUGGUAUUGAAUCCGAUCUCUUCUUCUCCCACUACACGAACUUUCGUAGUCUCUCCAACUCCCGCCAUGGUUGAAACGGUGAAGAUGCUCUGAUUGCCGCAUCUUCCUCGCCAUUAUUGCAAGCUCUGAUUCAUCUUCUUCCAGUCUUGUUCAAAGAAGAAUGUUUCUAGGCUUCUGACGUUUGAUUAUUUUGUAGAAAGAAGUAAAAAUAUAAGGGUUUCGACGGGGGAAAUUCAUCAUGUUGAAGAAAUUACCGGGUCGGAGCAGCAGGUCGAAAGGCAUCAAAGUGAAGCAUAUUCUGCAGAUUGUUCUGUUGGUUGGUGUUUGCUUUUGGUUAGUUUAUCAGGUGAAGCGCUCCCAUGACAAGAAGAAAGGAUUCGACCAGAAAGAUAAUGAAAUAACGAUAAGAACUCGGGAUGGAGGGGAUGUUUUGAAAUUUGGAAGGAAAGAGCUUCACCCACAUGUUGAGGAAGUUCAUCCCGACUCGAAGCAAGAGGACGAUGAGGAGGAAGACUCAAAGCAUGAGGUUGAAGAGGGACGUGAAGAACUGAAAAACGAGGCAGUCGAUGAGGAGGAAGACUCGAAGCAUGAGAUAGAAGAGGGACGUGAAGAACUGAAAAACGAGUCAGUCGAUGAGGAGGAUGAAGGAAGCAAGCAUGAGGUAGAAGAGGGACGUGAAAAACUGAAAAACGAGACAGUCGAUGAGGAGGAUGAAGGAAGCAAGCAUGAGGUAGAAGAGGGACGUGAAGAACUGAAAAACGAGUCAGUCGAUGAGGAGGAUGAAGGAAGCAAGCAUGAAGAUGAAGAGGAGACCGAUGAUGAUGGGAGAGGAGGUGGCGAUGACGAUAUGAAUGAGAAUGAUCGAGAGAAGUCCGAUAAUGAAUCCGAUCAUGAAGGUGAGAAUGCGGACGAUGAGAGAUUGAAAGAAGACGGUGAUGAGGAGGCAGGAGGAGAUGAGAAUUCUUCUGAUGAGCAGGAGAACGACAAUGGUGAUCCGAUCACUCAUGAGGCACGGGAGGAAAACUACAAGGGGGACGAUGCAUCUAGUGCCGUGGCCCAUGACGACCACUCUACCACCUCGACAGACGACGUGAGUUUAGAAAGUUCAAGUGAGAAUGCAGAGCUGAAUAACAAAGAACAGAACAGUGAAUCAAAUGAAACCGAAGCGAUUCGUUCACGGUUAACCGAGGAAGUAGAUAAAACGGCUAACAAUGAAACUUCAACGAACGAGAAUUUCAGUGAUGUGAAGCUCAGCGAAAACACGUCCUUCCCUACUGAUGUUUCAGUUCAAGACUCAAUCCCGACCGCUCAAUCCAAUGAUCAACCUGAAUCAAGCAAUAAUACAUCCUCUGCAACUACUGAUACAAGUAAUGUAGAGAAUGCAGAUUCUUCUCAGCAGAAGGGAACAGAAAUUGAUUUGAAUCAUACUCAAAGUGAAAUCAUAGACAAUUUGGCUGCUAAGAAUGAAACAUCUCUUCAGUCUAUACUCACAGAUAUGAAUGACAAGGUUUUGGAGAACAGCACUUCUGCAUCUCAGCCAAAUGAGGUUGAAGGCGAGACCCGAAACAUCACGAGUAAGCCAGAUCUUACUGUUUCAGACGACGAGACAUCCAAAACGAAGAAAGACAACAGAACAAACGAACCGGAGAAUGUCUUACCGACCAUGAUACCCAAGGAGAAUAGUGAAGCUACUCAUAACGACAAGUCGGAAGACGAUGGCGAAUCCAACGACGAUAGCUCCAACUCGACAAACCACAUUGAGGACCCAGUUCAAGACGAUCGUCUUGAUUCUAACGACUCCCAUGUAACCGAACGGGUGGAUCUAGAUACGCUUCCAGACAUCGAGAUUGACAAUAGUGAAGAGACUGCAGCAGAAUGAGGAUUGCUGCAGAGUGUGUCUUGUAAUUGAGAAUUUGAUAAUUUAUACUCAGAAGAUGAGCCAUAGGACGAAGGGAUGUGCACGUGGGUCGCUCGUAGAAGCGUUUUAAAAUUUUGAAUGGAAAUUGGAACGUACACGAUGGAUGAACUGGACCAGUGUGGAUAUGUUCGAGUCUCAGUUCACACGUUUCUUU